AUGCGGCUCGCCGUGUAUGGAGCUACCAGCGUCAUUUUGGGCGCCGGCGUCAUCAUCUCAGCUUUCAACCAACGCGCAAACUUCUAUUCAGCCUGUGUUCACCUUGCUCAGUCCAAUGCUUGUCUUAUGGUCCUUACAAAUUUGUUACUCCUUCUCUCAAUACUCUUCGGCCAUGCUCUACAGCUUAUUUUCUAUGGACCUCUACGGACCCCCGAGAUUGAGAAUCUAUACGAGAAGGCUUGGUAUGCUGUGACGGAGACAUGUUUGGCCAUGACUAUAUUUCGCGACGAGUUUGAUGUCCGGUUCAUCGUCAUGUUUGGUGUAUUAUUAUUUAUCAAGUGCUUCUGCUGGAUCGGAGGAAGUAGAGUGGAAUUUAUGGAAACCUCACCUCCAGACAAUCCGACACUCUUCCAUAUCCGGCUGGCCUCUUCCUUGAUUCUGCUUCUUUCAGCCUGUUCAGCAAUGCUUUGGCACUCUGUUUCCUCAGUUCUUGAGCGUGGGAGACCAAAUAUGAUGGUCAUGUUUGCUUUCGAAUUCGCAAUUCUUCUAAUAACAUCGCUCGGAAUUACUGGUAGAUACGUUCUAAGCUUGGUCGAAAAAUAUAUCUUAAAACGGGAGGCGAUGCGAAGACGUGCAGCAAGAAUUCUGGAGAGGGAAGGCGCUCGCCAGAGACAUGCAGACCGGGUCGCAGAGGUAACAAGAAGACGUAGAGCUGGCGAUCUUGUGGAAGAUGUUCCUGAGUUGGAAGAAGAAGACGAAGAUGAGGAGGAAUUAGAUGUCGGGGGUUGGGAGGAGAAAGGAACAUGGGUUUUUUACUUGGAGUUGGUUACAGACCUUCUUAAGCUCCUUACUUAUCUCUCAUUCUUCUCGAUUGUCCUAAGAUAUUAUGGACUUCCACUCCAUAUCAUCCGCGAUGUCUACCUCACCCUCCGUUCAUUUAUCACCCGGAUUCGAGACUUCAUCCGCUAUCGUCGGGCAACUGCUCACAUGAACUCCCGGUACCCAGAUGCAACCCCCGAAGAGGUUGAGCGCGAAGGGGUCUGUAUCAUAUGUAGGGAAGAAAUGAGAGCGUGGACUGAAGGUGGUGCUGCGGGUGAAGGUGGUAGAGCAGCCGGCACUCAAGACCAGAGAUCAAGACCAAAAAAGCUUCCAUGUGGGCAUGUACUCCAUUUUGCCUGCUUAAGAAGUUGGCUUGAAAGACAGCAAAGAUGUCCUACAUGUCGUAGGCCUGUACUUGACGAGCCUCUCAAUGGCCCAGGUGCGCAAAACGCUGCUGCACGAGCACAAGCAAAUGCCGCUGGUGGAGCAGGUCUGGCGUUUGGUGCGCAACUUGGUCCUCUAGGAUUUGACAUUGGUGUUGGGGGGCCUGGUUUUGUCCAAAAUUUAAUGGAUAGAAUGAACCAACAACAACAACGACCUCAACCGCAGCAAAACCAACAGAACCAGCAGAACCAGCAGCAGCAGAACCAGCAACACAAUCAACAGGCGCAGUUGCAAGCACAGUUGCAGGCACAGAUUCAGGCACAUGCGCAGAAUCAAGGUUUAGCAGACGUUGGUGCCGGUGGUGCUGGGUAUACAGAUCUUGCUCAGCAGAUACUCAGGACUAGGCAGCUUCUUGACCGCGAAGUAGCCAUGUUGGAGAUGACGCAACAACAAUUAAGGCAAUUACGAGAAUUACAGGCGCAAGCUGCAGGUAUUCCGGGGGCUGGUGGUCUACAAGGCCAACAAGUCCCAGCUACCCCACUUGCUCCUGGAGCCACACCCCCCGCAGCUGCUACCAACCCAUACCUAAACACCGGGAAUAAUCUUGAAACCAACUUACCUCCAAGAAUUAGAACACCGGGCAUGUCGGUUUACCAUGGGGGGCCGGUAUUGAACGGAUCCAGUGCUACGGCGGUACUGCCUCAAGGAAUGGUGCUUCCGCCGGGAUGGAACGUGGUUCCCUUGACUGCCCCUAGAUCUACUGCCACUGCUUUACCGAUUACAACUCCAGGUGGAACAAUGUCGUUAAGAGGAGCGGAAUCCUUAAGAAGUCGAAGGGGGCAACAAAUGUACCGGGAGCGCAUGAUGGAUCACCACGCUAGAUUGACCCCAGGAGAAGAACAGACAUCUCGUUCUUCCAGACCAGCCCUUACCAGAGCAACGACCGCCCCAAGUGGACUCAGCCGCCCGCAACAGAACUGGGCAGCUCAAAGAACUAGCGGACCAGUCACGGGUGGAAAUCUGAGUGAACGGUUGUCCCAAGAACAGAUGGAAAGGUUAAGUCCAACAGUUCAAAGAAGUGUCGCGACUAUCAGUAGACUUUUACAAUGGCAAUUAGAAUCAGGAAGUGGCAUAACAGUGCACGAAACUCUUGCUGGUCUUCCAGAUGAAACCCGGGAAGAAAUUCUACAGGGCUGGCCUAAUAGAGAUAUGGCCCAGGAGCUCGCAGAGGGUGCUAGGAAUGCCACCCGUUCUGAACCUGGUGCAGAUAUGGUGCGUUCUGUGGCGAAUAUUGCUAGAUGGCUUGAGAUAUUGCCUAGAGAAGAAAGGAUUCAGGUUGUGCUGGGAUUUCCCGAAGGCGACUUUAGGGGAUUUAUAAUGAUGCAUCAUCCAGGACUCAGGGCAGAAGUAACAAGGCUGUCUACACUGCUGAGAGAUAUCAACGAAGAAAUCACUGAGACUCCCACUACAAUCUCGCCAUCUGGCGUUUCUGGCAUGAUUGAGAGCAUCUCCGACUGGACUCAGAUAUCACCUUUGGACGAAACAAGUUCUCGGGAAGACAUUGAGAGGGUAGAACGGGAAACUCGCGAGACUGUCAAUAGACGUAUACAGGUCCUCAAUGAUAUAGCCAGAAUUAUGAGAAAUGCAGCGGGGCAACUCGAACAAUUCAAUACCGAGAACCAACUUUCACUAUUUGGGGAAAGAAGCAUCUUCAAUCCCAGCGCGCAAGAGCAGGCGUUGAAUGCACUGGAGCAGGAGGUUGUACAGGAGGAGAGGGAGUGGAGGUCGAAACAAGGAGUUGCAGCUGUAGAGAGUCUUUUAGGGGUUGCUGAAGGACCUACUGAUGAAAAGGGUAAAGGCAAAGCAAAGCAAGAAGUGGAAUUAAAUGAUGCCCAGGAAGGCGAAGCCUCAGUAACUCCGGAAGCACAAGGAAAGGCGCCGGUUAAGGUCACGGUAGAGGAUGCUGAUGAUGAGUGA